UACACAGAAUAAAACUAAUCUCAUGGUAUUAUUAGAUAUAAAAAAAUAGUGCGAUGUGCGAAUUGAAAUUAAAAUUUCAAAUUUGAAUGAUCAGCAAUGUUCGAUAGCGAUCGUCAGAAAGGAAAAGUGAUAUUAAUAUUAACCCUCAUUUUGUUUUUAUACUAUACUAUCUGGGUGAUUGGUUUGCCAUUUAUUGACGAUGACAGAUUGAGAUCUCUGUUCUACCCCUACAAUCUAGCCCUGAUAGUUCCCGCGAGUUUCGGUCUAAUUUUUAUUGGCGGUUUAAUACUCUUUACUGUGUAUCAUAUAAGACCAUAUUUGUCCUCUGCAAAAUCAAAGAAAAUGGAAUAACAUAUUUCUUUUUGUUACACUUUACUAUGUACCUCAUGCACGUAUCUAAGAAUUAUAAGAGGCGAACGCGCACCAUAAUAAUGUGAA